ACAGGAGAACAGUGACUAGAACCUGGGUCAGAGGGAACCUUCAGGCUGACAGGUUGAUGGAGCAGCAGACGGAUCAGAUCCUCUAGGAUCAUCAACUCAUCAACACUGGGGGGGGGGGGGGUCUGGGGGCCUGUUCCCCCAUGGAGGUUGGCCCCCAGACCGGGGAGGACAGGUUGUGUAUGACGAGUGUGGGAAAAUGAUUAGUGUCCCUGUGUGCUUCUCUGAUGGCAUGAAUACGUCAGCAGGGUGUAAGGAGAGAAUGACUGGGUGAAUGUCACUGGUUUAAAGGGGAUCACUGGUUUAAUGGGGGUCACUGGUUUAAUGGGAGUCACUGGUUUAAUGGGAGUCAUUGGUUUAAUGGGAGUCACUGGUUUAAUGGGGGUCACUGGUUUAAUGGGGGUCACUGGUUUAAUGGGAGUCACUGGUUUAAUGGGGGUCACUGGUUUAAUGGGAGUCACUGGUUUAAUGGGGGUCACUGGUUUAAUGGGAGUCACUGGUUUAAUGGGAGUCAUUGGUUUAAUGGGGGUCACUGGUUUAAUGGGAGUCACUGGUUUAAUGGGGGUCACUGGUUUAAUGGGAGUCACUGGUUUAAUGGGAGUCACUGGUUUAAUGGGGAUCACUGGUUUAAUGGGGGUCACUGGUUUAAUGGGAGUCACUGGUUUAAUGGGGGUCACUGGUUUAAUGGGGGUCACUGGUUUAAUGGGAGUCACUGGUUUAAUGGGAGUCAUUGGUUUAAUGGGGGUCACUGGUUUAAUGGGGGUCACUGGUUUAAUGGGGGUCACUGGUUUAAUGGGAGUCACUGGUUUAAUGGGGGUCACUGGUUUAAUGGGAGUCACUGGUUUAAUGGGGGUCACUGGUUUAAUGGGAGUCACUGGUUUAAUGGGAGUCAUUGGUUUAAUGGGGGUCACUGGUUUAAUGGGAGUCACUGGUUUAAUGGGGGUCACUGGUUUAAUGGGAGUCACUGGUUUAAUGGGAGUCACUGGUUUAAUGGGGAUCACUGGUUUAAUGGGGGUCACUGGUUUAAUGGGAGUCACUGGUUUAAUGGGGGUCACUGGUUUAAUGGGAGUCACUGGUUUAAUGGGAGUCAUUGGUUUAAUGGGGAUCACUGGUUUAAUGGGAGUCACUGGUUUAAUGGGGGUCACUGGUUUAAUGGGAGUCACUGGUUUAAUGGGAGUCAUUGGUUUAAUGGGGAUCACUGGUUUAAUGGGGGUCACUGGUUUAAUGGGGGUCACUGGUUUAAUGGGGGUCACUGGUUUAAUGGGGAUCACUGGUUUAAUGGGGGUCACUGGUUUAAUGGGGGUCACUGGUUUAAUGGGGAUCACUGGUUUAAUGGGAGUCAUUGGUUUAAUGGGGAUCACUGGUUUAAUGGGAGUCACUGGUUUAAUGGGGGUCACUGGUUUAAUGGGAGUCAUUGGUUUAAUGGGGAUCACUGGUUUAAUGGGGGUCACUGGUUUAAUGGGAGUCAUUGGUUUAAUGGGGAUCACUGGUUUAAUGGGGAUCACUGGUUUAAUGGGAGUCACUGGUUUAAUGGGGGUCACUGGUUUAAUGGGAGUCAUUGGUUUAAUGGGGAUCACUGGUUUAAUGGGGGUCACUGGUUUAAUGGGGGUCACUGGUUUAAUGGGGGUCACUGGUUUAAUGGGGAUCACUGGUUUAAUGGGGGUCACUGGUUUAAUGGGAGUCACUGGUUUAAUGGGAGUCAUUGGUUUAAUGGGGAUCACUGGUUUAAUGGGAGUCACUGGUUUAAUGGGGGUCACUGGUUUAAUGGGAGUCACUGGUUUAAUGGGAGUCAUUGGUUUAAUGGGGAUCACUGGUUUAAUGGGAGUCACUGGUUUAAUGGGGGUCAUUGGUUUAAUGGGGAUCACUGGUUUAAUGGGAGUCACUGGUUUAAUGGGGGUCAUUGGUUUAAUGGGGAUCACUGGUUUAAUAGGGAUCACUGGUUUAGGGGUUUCCCAGUUGAUGUUUGAUGAUCAGAACCAUCACCCUUAGGAUGGUUCUUUGACUUCGUGUUGGACCAAUCAGAGGAACCAGUCUGAUCAUUCAUGAGGAUGUUUAUAACCAGUUGUAUAACAAUAGUUACAGAUCUAUAGAUAUGUUUAUGAACUUUUUUAUAAAAAAAACAUUUUCAUCAUAUAUUAGCAGAGCACGACAGAAAGACACAUAAACUACAUUGACUACUUUAAUAAACUUUUUACUGUAUUUCAAAGCAUUGAUCGAUAAUGAUGUGAUGUUGUGGUAAUGACCUCUGACCCCAGACGCAGCCAUUGAUCAUCCUGAAAGGUCAGAAUGACUCAGCGCUUUCCUCAGCACCAUCCAUCAGCCUGA